GUGUCCGCGAAAGCUAUAGCUAGCGUUCUGUUCGACAGAAUGCCAGAGCGAGAAAGAGAGGGGAGAUAUAGAGGAGCGAAUGGCAGGCGGCUUCAAUGAGAUAUCGAGCUUCGCCUUCACCGAUCAUUUUGUCGGGGACGAAGAUUAGGGUUUGGAGCCAAAGUUGCGAGCUUGAUAGAGACGAUUUGGGAACAUGACCAAGUCUUUCUUUUACCAGUACCAUUCUCAGAGAGGCGCGGUGUACGCCGCUCUUCUUGUGCUGCUCUUUCCGGCGUUGUGGCCCGCGCUAUUCUCACCGCUCGGUCAUGCAUCUCCUUCCAUGUUCUCGGCCGUCGUGUUGAUGCUUUCAGCCCCUGGCAAGGAGUGGAAUGCUCCAAAACCAAAACACGCUUCUCUUCUGAAAGCUGCUUUGAAUUCUGAAAUUCCCAAUAAGCAAAAGUCUGAACUCUGGGCUCCUUUGGUACCUCAGGGAUGGAAACCCUGCGCUCCUUCAGAAAGUAUUACUGGACGCCCAGUGAAGUCGAGUGGAUUUAUCCAAGUGUUUCUUGAUGGAGGGUUAAACCAGCAAAGGAUGGGGAUUUGUGAUGCUGUAGCUGUUGCUAAAAUCUUAAAUGCAACCCUAGUAAUCCCUCAUCUUGAAGUAAAUCCUGUGUGGCAAGAUUCAAGCUCCUUUGAGGAAAUCUUUGAUGUGGAUCACUUCAUUAAUGUUUUGAAAGAUGAAAUCUCUGUAGUCAGAGAGUUGCCCCCAGAAUAUGAAUGGAGCACGAGGGAGUAUUAUGCUGUUGCCAUUCGGGCCACAAGGAUCAAAACCACACCAGUUCAUGCGUCAGCUAACUGGUACAUAGAGAAUGUUCUUCCUGUUCUUCAAAGUUACGGAAUUGUGGCAAUAGCUCCAUUUUCACAUCGCCUUGCCUUUGACAACAUGGCUGGUGAGCUUCAGAGGCUGCGUUGCAAAGUCAACUUUCAGGCGUUGACCUUUGUUCCUCGUAUCAACGGAUUGGGCGAGACGCUUGUUAAACGCCUCAGGUCUCCGAGACAUGUACACUCUAAUGAAUUUAUACAGGAAGUUGUUGAUGAAAAUGAUGAUGGCGAUGGGACUGGAAAGUAUGUGACACUGCAUUUGAGGUUUGACAAGGACAUGGCAGCUCACUCAGCCUGCGACUUCGGUGGUGGCAAAGCCGAAAGGUUGGCUUUAGCUAAGUACAGACAGGUGAUUUGGCAAGGAAGGGUUAUGAACUCCCAAUUCACAGAUGAAGAACUUCGUAACCAGGGUCGCUGCCCGAUGACGCCUGAGGAAAUUGGCUUACUUUUAGCCGCUCUGGGCUUCAACAACAAAACUCGCCUUUAUCUCGCGUCCCAUAAGGUUUACGGCGGGGAGGCCCGAAUCUCGAGCUUGCGGAAGCUUUUUCCCUUGAUGGAAAAUAAGAAGAGCCUUCUUUCUUCCGAGGAACUUGCAGGGGUUGAAGGCAAAGCUUCUCUUCUUGCGGCUGUCGAUUACUAUGUCAGCAUGCGCAGCGAUAUCUUCAUUUCAGCUUCCCCUGGAAAUAUGCACAAUGCCGUGGUUGGCCACCGGACCUAUGAGAACUUGAAGACAAUAAGGCCAAACAUGGCUCUAUUAGGGCAGCUUUUCCUGAACAGGAGCUUGGAGUGGUCUGAGUUCCAGAGGGAGGUGCAAGCAGGGCACAGAGGAAGAGAAGGCCAGAUUCGUCUCAGGAAGCCUAAGCAGUCCAUUUACACCUAUCCUGCUUCAGAUUGCAUGUGCCACGCCUAGCUGACAUUUAUAUAUCAUAACAUUUAUAUGUGGGUGUAUUUUGUUGUAUUUUUCAUUGGAUAGUAGAGUUCAUUCUUGCUUAUUAAUUGAUAGCUUUCUGAGCAUGUUUCUGU